AUGCCCCCGAAGGUGACGCCGAAGAAGGACGGGCCGCAGCAGCAGCCGGAUCUCACGGCGAUUCUGGCGCAGCUCACCGCCUACUUGGAGAACCAGUCCAAAACACAGGAGGCUCUCCUUGAGCAGCUCUCCAAGCCGAAGGACAACGAGUUCCUGAUGGAAGCACUUUCCAACACCAUCCCGGAAUUUGUUUACGAUCCCCAAAGCGGACUGGUUUUCGACAAGUGGUACUCCCGGCACGAGGAGGCCUUCAACAAGGGCGGGGAGAAGCUGGAGGAAGCGGACAAAGUGCGGCUGCUCGUGCGAAAGCUGUCCUCGGUGGAUCACGACCGCUACGUGAACUACAUCCUACCGGAGAACCCACCGGACAGAUCGUUCCAGGACACGGUGGACACGCUUAAGGAGAUGUUCGGGCACCAAACGUCCGUGUUCUUCCGGCGCUACCAGUGUCUGCAGACGACCAAGCGGAAUGCGGAGGAUUUCGUCACGUACGCCAGUACCGUCAACCGAGCGUGCGAGGAUUUCAACAUCCGGACGAUUACCUCCGACCAGUUCAAGUGCCUGGUGUUUGUCGCUGGUCUGCAGUCGGAGCGGUACAAGGACAUCCGGACCCGGUUGCUGGCGAAAAUGGAAGGCGAGACGGCGGAGCACCCGAUGACUCUCAAGAAGCUGUUAUUGGAGUGCCAGCAUUUGGACAACCUCAAACACGACACUGCUGUUAUUGAGGGUCCGAAGCCGGCCGUCAAAGCGGUCCAGCAGGAUCGCAGCGGCUUUCGCGAGUCGGGCAAACCGGAACGGAAGUUCGACAACAGGAAUCCGGCCAAGGCAACCCCACGACGUCCGUGCUGGCAGUGCGGGCAGAUGCACUUUGUUGCAGACUGCUCGUACACGAAACACACCUGCAAGACGUGCGGCAAAGUGGGACACAAGGAAGGAUACUGUGCUUGCUGCUCCAAACCCUCCGGUUCCGGAGAAGGUGCAUCACACACAGCACCCGGAGGCGGCAAGAAGAAGCACAAAAAGAAGCGGGCCGACGGCGGGGGAAACUCAAACGGAGUGUACGCUGUUAACAAGGAAGGUGUCGUCGGACGGCGCAAGUUCGUGGAAGUUCUGAUCAACAACGAACCGAUCGAACUCCAGCUCGACUGCGGAUCGGACUAUACCAUCAUCUCGACGGAUUCCCUUCCCCUGCUCGGCAACCCAGAAACCAUUCCGACGGAACUGCGGGUGGCCACAGCCUCAGGCAAACCCCUUCCGCUGGAAUUGGAGUUCGAGUGUGACGUCACGUUCCGCGGGACCACCAAGCGUUCCGUGUGCUACGUCACUCCUGUGCGCGGUUUCAAGGUUCUUGGGAGCGACCUGAUGGAAGCUUUCGGGCUGUACGACAUUCCGAUCAACGACUUCUGCAAGCAACUCACAACUGCGGAGGACGCUUUGGCGUGUGGUGCCGCGCUGAAGGCGAAAUUUCCGGCGGUGUUCCAGGAAGGACUCGGACGGUGCACGAAAACGAAGAUCCAGCUGUUCCUGAUCGACGGGGCGAAGCCGGUCUUCAAGCCUAAGCGGCCAGUGCCGUUCCACUCGCAGCGGCUGGUCGAGAAGGAGCUCAACCGAUUGCAGAACAUGGGAGUGCUGGAGCCGGUCGACUACUCGGACUGGGCGGCACCCAUCGUGGCAGUUCGGAAGGCGCAGCGCGACGCAGACGGAGAUCCGGUGGUCCGCAUUUGCGCGGAUUACUCGACCGGAUUGAACGCUAUGCUGGAGGCGAACAAGUACCCUCUCCCUACCCCCGACGACAUCUUCGCAAAGCUGGCUGGCAGCAAGUUCUUCAGCGUGAUUGACCUGUCGGACGCUUAUCUGCAGAUGGAGGUAGAGGAGGAGUCGCAGAAGCUGUUGACUAUGAACACACACAAGGGGCUGUUCAAGGUAAAGCGUCUGCCGCCGGGAGUGAAACCCACUCCUGGAGCCUUCCAGAAGGUCGUUGACAACAUGCUCGCCGGCCAGGAAGGAGCGGCGUCGUUCCUCGACGACGUGCUGGUGUUCGGCCGAACGCGCGCUGAGCACGACCGGAACUUGGAGCAAACGCUGCAGCGGAUCCAAGAUUUUGGUUUCCGGCUCAAGAUCGAGAAGUGCAAGUUCUACAUGACGGAGGUGAAGUACCUGGGCCACAUCAUCAACCAAAACGGAAUCCGCACCGACCCGGGGAAAGUGUCUGCCAUCUCGCAGAUGCCACCGCCGAAGAACCUCACCGAGCUGCGUUCGUUCUUGGGCGCGGUCAACUACUACGCGAAGUUCAUCAAGGAGAUGCACCAGCUGCGUAGGCCACUCGAUCUGCUGCUGAAGAAGGACGCAAAGUGGGCCUGGUCGGACGACUGCCAACGAUCGUUCGAGCGCUUCAAGGAGUUGCUCAAGUCUGACCUGAUGCUGACCCACUACAACCCGACGUUGGACAUUAUCGUGGCCGCUGACGCUUCGCAAACCGGAAUAGGCGCCACAAUCCGACAUCGUUUCCUGACGGUUCGGAGAAGAUAA